AUGGCGCUGAUCGCCAACCUCCUAUUGGCUCCCAAGCUGGCAGACAGUGUGGCCGCCCUCCACCGGCGAUAUGCGGGCCUUGACCAGCUCGCGGAGUACAAGCGCCAGCUGGAGAGCCCGAGCGAUACCAUGGCCCGGCUCCAGGCAGAUACCAGCCCACAGGCAGACGUGUCUGAGGCUUUCGAGCUCGCGCAGCAGCGCCUGGCCACGACCCAGCUUGAGCAGAAGGCCGAUGGCAAACAAGCGCAGAACGUGAAUAGGGAUGACGAGGCGAUGCCUCCGGAGUGCGAGGCAAUGUGGAUGCAUGACAAGUACCAGAAGACUUUCGUGGACACCCUCACCAGGCGGAAGAUCAAGCAGUACCUCGAGUGGGGUGGCGGAGGGUCAACCCUGUGUUCCUCCCGCCUGGUGGAACAAGUCACAACGAUCGAGCACAACGAAGAGUGGUGCAAGCUCCUGAGGGAGCAGCUCCAGGACAAGAACGUGACCAACGUCAACCUCAUUUGCUCGGCCGUGGAAUGGACACAGUUUGGUACAUCGCCGGAGGGUGAUGGCACCUACGAGGAGUUCCACGACUACGUGGACGCAAUUGACACACUGGACAUACCUCACUUUGAUGUGGUGUUCAUAGAUGGCCGGGCACGUGUGCCAUGUGCAAAGAAGGCCCUGGGCUAUAUCUCCAGUGACUCUGUGCUCAUGGUCCAUGACUUUCAGCGGGAAUUCUACCACACUCCAAUGUUGCAGUGGUAUGAGGAACUUGAGAAGUUCAUAGAAUGGCCUGAACUUGGAGUGCUGAAGCCAAAGUUGUAA